AUGAAAAGGCCUCACCUUUAUCAAGUUCUUGUAGAAGGAACUACUGAGACUUCUGUUCUUGGCUGUGGAGGGUUCACAUUGACUGAGAGUAUUACUGGGGUUAUUACUAAAGUUGCUACUAGGAUUGUUAUUAGUGAUGCUACUGAAGCUUCUGGUCUGAGAAGUAUGAACCUAUAUCUUUCCUUCAUUUUAUCUUCCAAUCUUUUAGAUCAUCAUUCUACUGGUCUUUGCUUAGGUAUAGUUGAAUAUGAGUGGACUGGUUGUUCUGGCUGGGACAGAUUCAAUUUUGAUUUUGGUUUUGGUUCUG